UUUGUUUCUUGUUUUUUGAAGUUGGAUUUAAAAUAUUCAAAGUUGUUGCACUUGCAUACUCAUUGGAUUUCUCUCAUUAGUGUUGAUUUCUUGAAUUCUGUUCAUCAUGUGUUUAUUCCUUUAUAUUUCGACUCUCUUAAUUGAAAAUCCUGAUUUCGUCGCCUUCAGUAUAUAUAGUGAUAUUUUGACUGGAUUGUUGAAACAAGUGACCAUAAAGAGGUAUAUGUGUAUGCAAUUCCCAUUUUUCUAAUUUUUAUGGUUAAAGCCAGUGUUGCAAAAGAUCGAAACUUUGACAUGGCGAUUGGAUUCAACAUCAACUAUAUAUACUAGAAAUAUAAUUUUAACCUUAUGUAUAACAAAUUUUUCAAUGGAAGGGGCUCAGAUGAACCCUAUUCGAAAUCCCCUUCUGGUACCCUAGCUCCGCCCAUGGAUGUUAUGCAUAGUUCAAGGUUAUAUCAUUAACAAUAUUUUGAACUAUAUUCUAAUUAAGACAACAAAUGAUUGAAACUUAAAUAUUUGAACUUAGAAAGAUUACAAUCAUAUGCAUUGGGAAUAGGCGAGAUGAGUCGAGGGUCUACUGGAAACAACCUCUUUAUGUUCCAAGAGGGGGGGUAAGUUUGAUUUUGAUACUUAAAACCAUGUUCUUUUGAGCUGUCAUGGCGAAUGGCGAUGUUGAAGAGCCUCUACUACGAGGCAAUGCAAAUUCAUCGAUUCGAUUUAGUGAUGUGAACUCAUUUAAGCGAAGGCGGUCUCAAUCUAGCAGCACUUGUUGUACUAUUAGUCAUACACAGAUAAAUAAUGAGGAACCCCCUCAUUACCCUGAGUUCAUUUCAACAAAGAGUUUUAGACUCAGAGAUGUACUCUUGUUCUUGUUUGUUUAUAUAGGAGUCGGAGCGAUUUGCUUCUUCAUCAUAAGCGAUCAAAUCGAGGGAAAAAAGACUAAUGGGAUUCUUGAUGCUAUAUACUUGUGUAUUGUUACAAUGACUACUGUUGGAUAUGGUGAUCUUGUUCCUAAAAGCAUCUUAGCUAAGUUUCUCGCGUGUGUUUAUGUGUUCACCGGUAUGGCUCUUGUUGGAUUUGUUCUGAGUAAAGCAGCAGAUAGUUUUCUUGAGAGGCAACAAAUCAUGUUUCUCAAAGCCAUAAAGAUGAGGAAAGAUAGUAUUGUUAGUUCAACAGAGGUUUUGAAAGAGGUAGAAACGAACAUCGAAAAGUACAAACUGUUAAGUACUUUGGCACUUCUUGUUGUACUUACUAUGCUUGGAACAAUUUUUCUAUGCCAAGUUGAGGAUUUGAAUUUGUUUGAUGCUUUUUAUUGUGUUUGUGCUACUAUUACUACACUGGGGUAUGGAGAUAAGAGUUUCUCGACGAAAUGGGGGCGUUUAUUUGCUUCUUUUUGGAUAUUGAUGAGCACAAUUUGUUUGGGACAGUUAUUUUACUCCCUUGCUGAGUUAUAUACAGAACAAAGGCGAAAAUCUAUGAUCAAAUGGGCUCUAACUCGCGAGUUGACAAAUUCAGACCUCCAGGCUGCAGAUCUUGAUCAUGACAGUGAAGUGAGCGCUGCAGAAUUCAUCGUCUAUAAACUUAAAGAGUUGGGGAAGAUAACUGAGGAAGACAUCUCUAUAGUGAUGGAGAGUUUCAAAUUACUUGAUGUUGAUCAUUCAGGCACAUUGACUGAAAAUGAUAUUGCACUUUUGCAGUCGUCGUCUCAAUCCAAAAGCUGAUAACACCCCUCUAAACAUCUUAUGCUUAGAUGAUAGAACUAUGGAAAUUGCAUAGAAAUUUUCGUUAACUUUCAAACCUAUGCACUUAAUGUUUGGAAAAAGGGAUGAUAGUUACAUUCAAGAUUCAAACAGAUCGAAAUAUGGUUAGUGAGAAUUCAUAUAGUCGACACAAACCUAUUUUAAAUUGAGGCAUAGUUAUCGUUGUUGUUAUUUCACGUCGUCUAUAAACUAAUUUUCUUCAAGACUAUUGCGAAGAAUGUAAGUUUAAGGCAUGUAAAAUUUUGAACAAAUUGAGACAUGUUACAUUGCCAAUAUCAUCUUAGUAGCUCUUUAAACAUGAACAAGAAUGUACAUUUAUCAAUCAUUUACCAUACAUACACUUUCCACCAGAGGCGGAUCCAGAAUUUUAAGAAACACCGUUUCCAAGGUCCUGGAUACACUAUUUUACACAUUUUAAGUAGAUUUAUUAACAUAAAUACAGAGUUUUGACCUAAGCUACUAGAUUCUCCCGAACCCUUAAGGCCUUCAGAACCGUUGCGGGCGACUGAAUAUUAGAACUCUUCAAGUUGCUCCUGGUGUUGGUGCCCUGCAAGAAAAUCAAGUAAUGAUCCUUCACUUUCUUUUACAUUGGAGAAUUCAACAGCUAAUGGUGGUACAUUAUUGAAGGCAAGAAUUGUGACUAAAAGUAGAGUUGUGGA